AUGGCCUCCGAGCCCGCCUCCCCGUUUCCGCUGGGUUUUGCCAUCUCAACUCCACGGCUGCGAAUUCACCCCUUUGACCCUGACAGCACUGCCCACUGCGAAUUUCUGGUUCAACUAUGGAACACGGAUGAUUUCAUCAACUCCUCUGGCCAUACCGGCAUUGACACCCCCGAGAAGGCCGCCGCUUUUAUUCGUCGCCGCGUUCUAGCGGACUACGCUCGCAACCGACAUGGCCAGUUUCUGGUGUCCCUCGUCGAGGCAAACCAGGCCCCUAGGCUGAUCGGCUGUGCUUCGCUCAUGAAGGGUGGCCCGUCCGAUCCGCAUUAUUACCUUGCCCCCGAUGUUGGAUAUACGAUUCUACCCGAAGAGAGUGGGAAAGGAUAUGCGACUGAGGCGGCCAAGGGGAUGCUCGAUUAUGCCCGGCUAGAGCUGGGCAUCGAUAGUGUCUUUGGAUUUUGCGCUGCUGGGAAUCUGCGCAGUCGCAGGGUGCUGGAGAAGCUCGGCAUGGAAUACAGAGGGGUGGCUGCUCUGUCAGUCUUUGGUGGAGAAGAGAGUGCUGUUUAUACGCUGCCUAGCAUGGCCCAGGAUCUGGCUGUUUAUAACCUCACUGAGACCAUCUGUAAAUAA